CGGAGACGUGGCUGGUGGAGAGGCUACGUGCGGAAUUGCGCUCUCCUUGCAGCUGCCGCAUCAGCUGAAGCGUCCAACUCAGCAGCGCCGAGACCGGGGUCGGAUGGCAGGGACACUGCGGAGAGAAAGCGGCAGCAAUCUGAGCUUGUGCCCAGGUCUGUGCUGACUGUGUAUGCCACCCACCCUAAAGAAACCAUGAGACUGCGAGCUUGGAGCCCUGGCUGGGGUUUAGCUCUGUUGCUCAGCUUUGCUGCCCUAUCGUGUCUUUCCUCGGCGACGUCUAGCCACCGUGCCAACGCUAAAAAGAUGUCCCACGCUGCUGUGAUGCAGGCAGCUGCAGCAGGCUCGGGUACCUGGUUUGUCGAGGAGCUACUGGGACUCCGAGCCCUAUCGGAACUGUUUGUCGGCGAGAAGGGAGAAGCCUUUCUCUGCUCCCUUAUCGGUUCCAUUAUUGUUGGGCUCAGCGGGAUUUUCCCCCUUCUAGUGAUCCCCAUCGAGGCAGGAGCUGCCUUGAAGACUGAAGCUGGCUGCCAGAAGCUGAAGCAGCUGCUGAGUUUUGCCAUUGGGGGUCUCCUGGGGGAUGUGUUCCUCCACCUGCUUCCAGAGGCGUGGGCCUACUCCUGCAGCCCCGAAAGGGGCCAUCGACACCACCGGACCCAGGGCCUGUGGGUCAUUGUGGGCAUGUUUUCUUUCCUCUUCCUGGAGAAGAUGUUCCCAGAUGAGGAUGGCCAAGACGAGACCUCGAUCUGCUCGUGCACAAAAGUCAGUCCCCACACUAAGUCUAGUUGCGGACAGAAGAGCAUCCCCCGGGGGGCGUGGUCUACACACACCAAUGGACACGGUCCCGACGUCUGUCAUCUUGCUGCGGUGCCAAAGAAAACCUCACCCCACGCAGCGGAAAAAAUAAAGACAAGUGGAUAUUUAAACCUCCUGGCCAACUGCAUCGACAACUUCACUCAUGGCCUGGCAGUGGCCGGGAGCUUUCUCGUCAGUAAAAAAGUUGGCAUCCUGACAACAUUUGCCAUUCUCCUCCAUGAAAUCCCCCAUGAGGUGGGGGACUUUGCCAUCUUACUGCGGGCAGGGUUCGACCGCUGGAGGGCAGCGAAGAUGCAGUUGUCCACAGCCCUGGGUGGGGUGCUGGGUGCCUGCUUUGCCCUCUGUGCUCAGUCCCCCAAAGGAGCAGAAAAUUCUACAGCCUGGAUCCUCCCUUUUACAUCUGGUGGCUUCAUCUACAUUGCCCUAGUGAAUAUUGUUCCAGAUCUUUUACAGGAAACUAACCCCAGGAACUCUCUGAUGCAGAUCCUGUUGCUAUGCUGUGGCAUCGCUGUCAUGGCCUUCAUGACAGCCGUGGUGGACUGAACCACCACAACCACUCCCCUACGUGCGCUAUUCUGCACAACCGAAAAGACAUUUCUUUUUCCUAGCUUUAAUGACUCCAGCAGAACUGCCACCUCCGAGACUCAAAAAGGUGACUUGAUGGGUGAAUCGAACAGACAAUCGGAGGCUCACGGACCUCAGUUUUAAUGGUACGCAUUGAGUCCCUUCUGGCACCAUCCUUCAGACCCGGGAGGUCUCCAGGCUGAUGGAGAGGGGCAGCAGGAGGGAAACAAAGCUUGAUGGAGUGUGUGGUGCAUGCAUAGAAAUCCGCGUGCUUCUUCCUGCUCAUCCAGCGUAACGCGACGUGGCACCCAGCCCCCACAGGACUGCUGCUGAAUUUAACAGCCUGAAGAAAAAGGCAGGGUCCACCCUCACAAGCUAAUCCCUAAUCCCUCAUCUCUCUCUGACAUACAGUUACCACUACAUGGACAUUUGGACCAAAUCUUCUCCUGUACAAGUACAGGCUUUCAGUAAUUCAUUUGCAAUGUUCACACUAACACGUACUACAUUUUAAUAUUAGGACUAGUGCCUCGGUUAUUGAUGUAAUGGGUUUGUCAGGAAGGCAUUCAUAAUCAUGUUCAGUCUUGCAGCUGUUACAUUCUUUGCUUUGUGCUAUGUAGUUUUCCGCUCUGUUUUAUAAGGAUUCAUAUUAUAUUUAAGUGUUUCUGUUACGCCUCACUGUGGUAUUAAAUGAAUCAGAAUACUUGGAAAGCUGAGCUCACAUCUCAUUUGCCACUGACAACAUCGUUCAUGAGAUUAGAGGUGCUCAUGAGUUGCUUUGAUGCAUGUGCAUGGAACAAAGUAUUUUACUGGGUAUUACUCCAUACCUUUAUAGAUAACUAGAAGGUGUGAAUGUGUUCCACUGAAGUAAGUUAAGGAGAUGAAAAGCUUUAAAUAAACAAAAAUGCUAUUAUUGCUUUUCUCUACUUUGUUCGUCACACGUCUAAGAUGAAUUGUCUAACACAUUCACUCCGAGUAGGAUACAGCUUGUACUUUGAUUCAGCCUUGGAACACAAUUACCCCGAGUGCAUCUCUAAAGCUGAUUGUUGAAGGAUUUAAAGGCAAAGGCAACCUAUGACACUGACAAGGAAUGCAGUUCCAUGGUUUUGUCUUUAUCAAUAGCGGUGCACAGGACUUGAAACAGCUUUAUGUAAUGGCUACCUCCGAUUCCUGCAGUUCCCUCUGUGUCUUUCAUAGAUUUCGAACCUAUGCACCUUAAGUUGUGUUUUUUUUCUAUUUGGAUUCGUACAGACUGAAGUAAGGUUUUAAAGGAAUAUUUUUUUUUUUUUCCCUCUCUUAUGGUUGUUAAAUAUGUGUAUUUAAAACAGUUUUGAAUUGAAUAUGUUUGAACUGCAGAUUCUGGUAAACAGCAGCUGAUGAAUUACAUUUUGAUUGUUGCACAAAUACAAAUCCCAAUUACACUAAUAUAACUAAUAUUUCAUAAUGCUUUAUGCAAGUACUGUUUUCACAGUGGUUCAUUCAGUUUUCAACCAAGGGACUGUAGUAGUGAUGAGCUAGCAUAUCCCUUUUAAAUUAUGCCUCAUUUAUUUAAUUGCAAUUGCCCAUCCUAUGGAACUAAAAUAGUUUUCUUUGUUGACCAGGCUGCACCUUUUCACGUAGUUAAUAUACGCAUUUGCUGUAACAUGGUUUACUUUCUACAGUCUAGUGCUGGCAUAAAUGUCAUAAGGGAACUAGGGGGAGGAUAUUGAUUAUGGGUUCACACUUGCAUCACAGUCCAUUUCGGUAGGGUGACGUUGCCAUAACGACUCCCCUCCGGGUCUCCUAGCUUAGUCAUCUGCUAUCGAGCGCUCUACCAUGCUCUUUAUGCACGAGCUACACUAUUGUAUCAUCGUAUGCUGAACCAGACAGCACACCACACAGUCCAGUUUUUGGAGGUUUUCAUACACGUGCCUUAACUACAUGUAAUCCGCAAAGAAUAAAAAUAAUAGCUGUGUUCAUCUAUAAGGGAUUCGGAACUUAAAGCAGGCUGUUGCUAUUUCAAGCAUAUUGUUUAUCACUCUAAAAUUAAAGGUAUAAUUGCAGAGAUUUUAUUUUUUUCCCAGUUUUAACCAAUAUGUGAUACUAAAAUCUCUAAAUG